CAAACACAGUAGGGACACUACCUGUGACAUGUAGUCAGUGCUGGGGGAGGAGACGCAGGAGGUAACAGCCCAUUAGGUAGAGACAGGAAGAGAUCAGAUAGACUCUGAGCCAGGGGAGGGAAUACACACCAGCUGCUAAUCAUAUACAGAGAGCGAAGACAGGAAGACAGUCAUACAGUGUCAGGGAGACAGCUGUGGCACUGUGCUUAUACACAGUUUAGCAGACAGCUGUGGUACUGUGCUUAUACACAGGUAGACAGCUGUGGCUCUGCUUAUACACAAGCAGACAGCUGUGGCUCUGUGCUCACACCUAGUAAGCCAGACAGUUGUAACACAGGGUCUGGUUAUAGAUAGGUAGAAAGUGAGAGUGACGGAGAGAGAGAGAGAGAUAAAGUGGCCUUUCAGCAGAGCCACAAUAACAGAUGGGCAAAAGCCGGAGAAGCCCAGGGAAUCUGUACGCACUUGAGGCUAGUUCAGAACCACAGCUCAGGUACUGGCUGGUAGCCUGCGUGUCACGUGGCAUGUCCUUACUGUCUGUGUGACAUUGGGAGUUCGUCUGCAUGCUGUCUUCAUCCUAUCUAUCUGACCCGGACUGAUCAUGGAAUCGUUACUACAACUGAAAGGCCGAGAUGUGCUGGUCACACUGAGUGAAAUCACACUGAGCUGGACUCCGCAGAGAAGAGGACUAUGGAGGCGAAAGGGUGUCACCACGUCUGUACCAAUUAACGAAGCUGUCACUGUGCACUUGGGGGACAGUAAACCGCGAACAAAAUCAGUAGAAAUGCCAAGUAACCAGUUUACAGUUUAUCAUGUGUCUCGGCGGUCAGCUCAGCGCUGGAUACUGGAAGCAGUCACUUUCUCAGCACCAGAUGCCCAGGUGGCACACGGCUGGGUGCAGGGUCUGAAAGAGAAGAUAAGGCAGAAUGAAGGAAACAAAAGACCUCAGAGGCUGCUGGUAUUCAUUAACCCAUACGGAGGUCGUGGAAAAGCCGUCAGAAUCUUCAGUAAAAAGAUCUACCCCCUCUUCCAGCUGGCUGGUAUAGAGAGUGAUGUCAUCGAGACCACUCACGCAAAUCAUGCAAGAAAUUACAUCCUGGAGAAAGAUCUACAGGUGUACGAUGGCGUGGUUUGUGUUGGCGGUGACGGGAUGUUUAGUGAGUUGCUUCAUGGGCUGGUGACACGGACACAACGUGACAAUGACAUUUGUGAGGACAAGGAGACAGCUGCGCUGAUGCCUUGUCGACUGCGGAUAGGAAUCAUCCCUGCAGGAUCCACAGACUGCGUGUGCUUUGCCACAGUUGGUAUCAAUGAUCCGAUUACAUCGGCGCUGCACAUCAUUAUAGGGGACACACAGCCAAUGGAUGUCUGCUCCUCACAUCACGAAGGGCAGCUCAUGAGAUACUCUGUGUCACUGAUUGGCUAUGGGUUUUUUGGGGACGUUUUGUCUCAGAGUGAGACCAUGCGGUGGAUGGGACCUCUACGAUAUGAUGUGUCAGGUCUGAAGAUGGUGCUUAGCAACAGAACGUACAGGGGAACUGUGGAAUUCCUGGAGGCCGAUGAUCACUCCCACCCAAGAGACAACACUCGCUGUAGGACAGGGUGUAUCGUGUGUUCAGAGUCAUCAGACAGACUAAAAGAAGGAAUAGCAGCCGAGUCCCACUGUUGCACAGAGUCUUGGAAGAAAGUUUCUGGGUCCUUUGUGGCUAUCAACAUUACUGGCAUGUCAAGUGCUUGCCCUAAGAGUCAGGAUGGGUUGUCUCCAACUGCCCACCUGGCAGACGGUACUGCGGACCUUAUUUUGGUGAGAGAAUGCAACACCUUCCAGUUCCUAAGACAUCUCAGCAGGCACAAGAACUGCAAAGAUCAGUUUGCUCUUCCGUACGUCGAUGUGUAUCGUAUCCGUGCAAUGCGCUUUAUCCCUGAGCAGCCAGAAGAGAGUGAAAUUGUCCAUAGAAGAAAGAGAUUUUUCUCAUCUAUUUGUGGAGCACCUCCAGAAACGAGCUGCUGGAACAGCGAUGGGGAGAUCCUAGACUGCACGGAGCUCAGCAUCAGGGUUCACCACCAGCUCAUCCAGCUAUUCGCAAGAGGAAUUGAAGGCACCUCAUGCAGUUGAUGUAGAGUCUGCACUACACUUACGCCCACUGUGUUCAAAUUAAUAUUUUAGAUGCCUGUGACCGCUUCUUACAAGAAUGUCACAGCCUCCACCUCUGCUGCUGGAUCAGUAUAGGCACCAUGGUCUGCAACAACAGCUGCUGCACAGUGUUCUGUGGGCAACUCACUGCCACCUCCACAUUACAGAUUUUAUUUAUAUUUAAGAUGUUUAUUCUUUUUAAUUAGAGUAUGUUGCCAUAUUACCCCAUAAUGGGGUUCUUAGUAGAAAUGGGUGAAAUGGCAGUCACCUAGAUUCAUUUAAUGAUAGUUAAUAAGGAACAGAUGAUUUAAGCCAUUUUGAGCACAGGCGGUACCAUAGACAUUGGAGAAAACCUAUCCUGAUGUUUCCCUUUAAUCUUUUUAUAAAGUGAUUUGGUCUUGUAGUAGUUGUUAAUAGGAUUUUAAUUCAUAAAGUUGUCCACAACUUAGCCACAAAAUUAACAUAUGAUAUAUCUGCCUUAGGAAUGAAUAGGGAGAGUUUUUUUUGGUGGAUCUGUAUUGACCUAAUAAAAGGGGGAGUUGAUCGUGUUGACUGUACAAAAACAAAAAACAGCAUAUCGAUGACAAGUGACCUAUGUGCGUUUGCUCAGAAACCAAUAAAAAUCAUUUGUUGUA